GAGUGAGGCAGGUGUGUGUUACGGGCUACAGACGACAGUAGAUGAACAGAUGAGAUGUUUCCUAUUUGUUAGUAAAUCAUUAACCCUUCUAUCAACCACAAGGCCCUAAAAGCUGACAGAACCCAUUAAACCAAGCCAAGAUGACAAUAAAACACAUUGUCCAUGUAGCCAAUAAAGUUUGCCAUGUUUGCUGUCUGGGCUCCUUCGUGUGAAUAAAUGUUGUCUACAAAUAAAUCAAUGUUUUUCUUCUAGAGAUAACCAAACAAAAAAAAGUUAAUAUUUGACUCCUUCAAGCGAGGCGACGAGUUUCGGCUGUCAGUUAGUAAGUUUGUCCCAAAUCACAACCUAUUUCCUUGACCGGGGCCCUAAAGUCAGGGUGUCAUUUGGGACUGAUUUAAAUCUGUCAAACGAUUGUCUAAACCAAGUGUUUAUAAUGGUCGUUCUAAAGAGCCAAUGAGAGACCUAGGGAACGUGAACUCUGCUCUGUGAUAGGACAGGAGCCAGGAUUCCACUACUGGGAUAUCUACCCACGUGGAGAGUGAGUAUGAAGUUUAGUUGCCCCACGUAACUAACUACCCCCCGGAUAUACCCUCAGUCCUACAGCCACAAUAGUACUAUAUAUAUAAUCCCAGUGGAUUUAAGUUUUCGCAAUUCGUUAGUUCAUUUUAUAUCACGUAGCUAUACUUUAGUCUACAUAAUGGACAGAGAGAAAGAGGAGAUGGGGAACAUGGCGGUUCAUGCCAACCGUGCGGUGAAGUGGACAACAGCUCGCGAGCCCGCCCUCCCAUCCCCGCACCUUUUCAAAGCGUGCGAGGAUGUCACAGGGAGAUACUGAAUGUUAGGAAGCUAGAGAUAGACAGAGAGAUAUAGGAAGAACAGAUGGAGAGAGAGAGACAGAGAGAGAGGGAGAGACACAGAGAGAGAGAUAGAGGGGUGACAACGAGGAGCAGCAAUAACAGGAAACACCGCGCGCAGGGCUUUGCUUUCCUACGGAGCGGAUGCACUGACCAGAGCAAACAGAAGGGCACGAGAGGAGCGGUUGCAGACAUAAAACGGGAAGAGGAACAUUAGAACACCUCAGAACUAACCGGUUCUAACGGUCUCACGGAGAGAGAGAGAAGAGUCGGUUUCCGUGCGGGGGUGGUUAUCUAAUUGAAAACAGUCAUCGACUAGGAGAAGAGAAGGUUCCAUGGAUUCCCCUUCUGAUCUGUUUGGUCGUCAGUCCUCCCUGAUUUCUCCCUUUGACCCGUACCCUAACCCCUCCACUGCCCUUGACCUCGCCAGACACCUCACACCCUCUGGAGGGGGACACGGUGCACCCUACCCUGGAGCCAACCCCUCCUCCCAACCGCCCUACCCCCUCAUCCACCACCUGCUGCAGCCUGGUGGAGCCCCCAUGAGGUCCAGGGGGCAAUUACACCUAGACAGAUAUAACAGGGAAGAGGAAGGGAUGGAGGYAGAGGAAGAAGAGGAGGGGAUGGGUGGACGGUUGGUAGGGGUGGGGGGGAAGAGGCUGAGCGGCGACUGGAGUUAUGACAUGAUGAGAGUGAAGCGAUUGAGACUGGAGAGUCUAGUUAAAGGAGAUGGAGAGAUAGGCUUAGAGGAAGAAGAAGAAGAGGAGGAGAAAGGGAGGAGGAGUGCGGAGAGGGGGAACAGGGAGAAAGGGAGGGAGGGGAGGAGAAGGGAGAGAGAGGAGCUGAAGGAACAGUUGGAAGAGGCGAGAGGAAGACUGAAGGCCUUGCAGGAGAAAGUAUGGAAAGCAUUCGGAGAGAGAUCCACUCAGGAGGAGGAGAGGAGGUGGAGCGGAGGAGAGCAGGAGGAGGAUGGUGACGGAGAGAUGUACAAAGAGGAGGAGGAGAGGAGGUGGAGUGGAGGAGAGCAGGAGGAGGAUGGUGACGGAGAGAUGUACAAAGAGGAGGAGGAGACGGCAAAAGGGAUCACUGAAGAAGAAGUGGAAGAGGAGGUGGGAGAAAUAGAUGAUCUCUCUCUUCCCUUCAUCCCCUCUUCUCCCCAUUUCCAAGG